UCGCAGCUCUGGAGGAUGCAGCGGGGUGGAUGGAGGAGGAGGAGGAGGAGGUGAAAGACUGGAAGGCGGAGAACAGAAUGAACGGGUUAGAGAGGGGAAGGAUGCGGAUUACUACAGCAGCCCGUCGGUCAGCCUGCAUGCCAACGAUGGAUUCGGUCGUUGGACAAACGGAUUUGCGGAGAAAACAACAAAGGCCUGCGGUUUGUUGAUUCACUGAGCUCUGAGGGGGGAGCCUGCAAUCACUCGUCGCUUCAAAUAAUCUGACACCGAGGUUAAUGGGUUAAUUGUAGGGUGAUUUAAUUCUCAGUGUCAGCUGUUUUAUACGUACGUGUUGCGUUUUAGUUGUGUAAUUUUGUUUAUUUGGUCUUCAUUGGACUUGAAGAAAACUGGAGAUAAAACAAAGUGACCCUGUCCUCCUUCAUAUUUGCGGUUCAUCUGCCAUCAUGGUUUACGCCGUCAUUUUUGCAUCACCUGAUCUCUUCUCCGAAGCCGCUGCAGACAGGAUGUCAAACUGAACAAAGCGCUUAAACUAAACGCAUCAAAGGACAACGUAACCGAGAACCGCCAUGGGGGCGUCAAUGUUGCAGCCCUGCUGGUGGACAGGUGUGUUCAUAUGGACGAUGUUGUGCCUGCUCGGUAACGGUCACUCCGCCUCGGACACCUCGGGCCUGCCUCUAGCUAUCCGCGUGCCACUGCGGCAAGGCGCUCGCGCUGAGCCGCUCGUGUCACCUGCCGCAGCUGCCGCCUCUGUGAACCAGGAGCGUCAAAGCGGCAGCCUGCGGAAAUACGCUGUGCGCAAGCGGAGAGGAGCGGCAACGGGCGGUAUCAGCUUCGUGGACAUGAUUGAUAACCUGCGUGGAAAGUCAGGCCAGGGGUACUACGUGGAGAUGGCCGUGGGCUCUCCUCCGCAGAAGUUGAACAUACUCGUGGAUACAGGAAGCAGUAACUUUGCUGUAGGUGCAGCUGCUCAUCCCUUCCUGCGGAGAUACUACCAUCGUUCACUCUCGGGCUCGUACCGCGACCAGGGUAGGAGCGUGUAUGUUCCCUACACACAGGGUCGCUGGGAGGGGGAGCUGGGCACCGACCUGGUUUCUGUCCCACAUGGCCCAAACGCCACACUGCGGGCUAACAUCGCCGCCAUCACCCAGUCUGAUCGCUUCUUCAUCAAUGGUUCAAAUUGGGAAGGCAUCCUGGGACUGGCAUACGCUGACAUAGCACGACCAGACGAGACAUUGGAGCCUUUCUUCGACUCUUUGGUCCGUCAGACUUCUGUCCCCAACCUCUUCUCUCUCCAGUUGUGUGGAGCUGGCUUCACCCAAAACUACUCCCUCGGCAGUGCGACUGUCGGCGGCAGCAUGAUCAUUGGGGGAGUGGACCCAUCCCUCUACGUGGGAGAUCUCUGGUACACACCCAUACGCAGGGAGUGGUACUAUGAGGUCAUUAUUGUACGUAUUGAGGUGAAUGGACAGGACCUGAACAUGGAUUGUAAAGAGUACAACUACGAUAAGAGCAUUGUAGACAGUGGCACCACCAACCUGCGUCUGCCAAGGAAAGUCUUCCAGGCUGCAGUCAAGGCUAUUGAAGCAGCUUCUUCGACAGAGCAGUUUCCCUCUGGGUUCUGGCUGGGGGAGCAGCUCGUAUGUUGGCAGGCGGGGACUACGCCUUGGCACAUCUUCCCAGUCAUAUCGCUCUACCUGAUGAGUGAAAACCACAACCAGUCCUUCAGAAUCUCAAUUCUACCGCAGCAAUACCUGCGGCCGGUCGAGGAUGUGGCGUCGGCCCAGGAGGACUGCUAUAAGUUCGCUGUGUCCCAGUCCAGUACUGGAACAGUGAUGGGGGCCGUCAUCAUGGAGGGCUUCUAUGUUGUUUUCGACCGAGAGAAGAAACGCAUCGGCUUCGCUGUUAGCACGUGCCACGUACACGAUGAGUUUCGCACUGCCUCAGUGGGAGGACCGUUCCAUGGUGUCGACCUUGAGGACUGCGGCUACAACAUCCCUCAGACGGACGAGUCCACUCUGAUGACCAUCGCCUACAUCAUGGCGGGAAUCUGCGCUCUCUUCAUGCUGCCUCUGUGUCUCAUGGUUUGCCAGUGGCGCUUCGCCCGCUGCCUCCACCCACACGGGGACUUUGCUGACGACAUAUCGCUCCUUAAGUGAAGAAGAGGGGAAAAAGGGGACAAAAGAAGUCGCAGAGACUUCCAUUUAAAACACAGAGACUUAGAAGGAUUGAUUUUAAAGGGAUGUCAAAAUACCGGUGCUGCGCUUUGAAAACCUUCUGCAGGAACAUAAUAAAUAAAACUCACUGUGUCUACACAGAGAAACGUGCUGCCCUUAACUUUGGAGCGCAUUUGAUGUAAACUGGAGCCAUUACUAACAUGAAGGAUAAAGCGGAGAAAGUAGGUGUCAUCAGCGUCAACUGUAAGCCUGUUUAAGCUUCUGCUGCAGUUCAGCACGGCAAGAGGAAGUGAAGUGGGGGAAAAAGAAGUAAAGAGAACCCGCUCUUUCUUAUAAAUAGUGUAUAAAUAGACCGGAAACAUGAGCUGGAUUUGGGAGUUUCAAAUAUUUGUCACGGCUCCACACGGAGUGAUUUUAGGGAUAUGGGGGGGGGGGGGGGGGACUAACGAGAAAGAAGAUAAUUCAAACUCUCAUGGCUUAAUGAAGAAAUUCACAACCUGCGCGUCAUGAUGGGAAUCCGUCGUAUAGUCGGCUCUGGUGUGAUAUGGUAAGAUGUGACCAUAUCGGCGUGCGCAUAUAUAUGUGUUUGUAGAUCUACUGUUUGUGGCUUAUGAAUGAUUGUUUGUGUGUGAGCAUGCCUGUAUGUGUGCACAGCUGUUAGCGUGAAGUGAAGAGUAUACAGAAAGAUUUAACGAAGAAUUGUACUACUGAGAAUAAAAAGCAUUUAUGAAAUUACACCAUGUUGCAAAUGCCAGCGACUCAAAAAAUGCAAUGCACAUUAAGAAAGCAUAAAGAAGCUAAUUUUAUGAACUAUAAGAUUGUAACAGAAUUUACUGCAUAAAAUUAAAAACCAAGACUACUGAACACGGUCAACACCAGAUGUCACUUUCUUCUCUUGUAUCGGUAGCUUGAAUAUAACUAUUGUACAAAAACAUUUGCAUUCCAGAAGUACUAUUUGCGCUGACACACACUCGUAAACACAUGAUCCUCCUGCUGCACUGAUCUGAUGAUUUGCACAUGUUACAUUACAUGUUAACAAACCCAGACUUGAUAGGGCUUCUUUCACAAACCGACUAACCCAUCACAUUUUUCAACGGGGACCAUAUAUGCUUGGACGGGGGAAGCUAGCCCAAAGUAUGUUAUACACUCAAGAUUGCUAUGUAUGUGUACAAGGGACAGUUUGUAUCGUCCUUCUGCAAGUUGUAAAUAGAUCAACUCAGAACUGUAUAUUUAUCUGUCAGGCGCUGGCAGCACUGUUGAACCAAUAAAGUACUUAUUGUAACUAUGA